AUGGAGGAAACUGCUCCUGUCAGCCGAAUGGAGGAAACUGCGUCUCUCAGCCGAGUGGAGGAAACUGCGUCUCUCAGCCGAGUGGAGGAAACUGCUCCUGUCAGCCGAAAGGAGGAAACUGCUCCUGUCAGCCGAAAGGAGGAAACUGCUCCUGUCAGCCGAAAGGAGGAAACUGCUCCUGUCAACCGAGUGGAGGAAACUGCUCCUGUCAGCCGAGUGGAGGAAACUGCUCCUGUCAGCCGAAUGGAGGAAACUGCGUCUCUCAGCCGAGUGGAGGAAACUGCUCCUGUCAGCCGAAAGGAGGAAACUGCUCCUGUCAGCCGAGUGGAGGAAACUGCGUCCGUCAGCCGAAUGGAGGAAACUGCUCCUGUCAGCCGAAAGGAGGAAACUGCUCCUGUCAACCGAGUGGAGGAAACUGCUCCUGUCAGCCGAGUGGAGGAAACUGCUCCUGUCAGCCGAAAGGAGGAAACUGCGUCUCUCAGCCGAGUGGAGGAAACUGCUCCUGUCAGCCGAAUGGAGGAAACUGCGUCUCUCAGCCGAGUGGAGGAAACUGCUCCUGUCAGCCGAGUGGAGGAAACUGCGUCCGUCAGCCGAAAGGAGGAAACUGCUCCUGUCAGCCGAGUGGAGGAAACUGCUCCUGUCAGCCGAAAGGAGGAAACUGCGUCUCUCAGCCGAGUGGAGGAAACUGCUCCUGUCAGCCGAAAGGAGGAAACUGCUCCUGUCAGCCGAGUGGAGGAAACUGCUCCUGUCAGCCGAAUGGAGGAAACUGCGUCUCUCAGCCGAGUGGAGGAAACUGCUCCUGUCAGCCGAGUGGAGGAAACUGCGUCCCUCAGCCGAAUGGAGGAAACUGCUCCUGUCAGCCGAAAGGAGGAAACUGCUCCUGUCAGCCGAGUGGAGGAAACUGCUCCUGUCAGCCGAGUGGAGGAAACUGCUCCUGUCAGCCGAGUGGAGGAAACUGCGUCUCUCAGCCGAGUGGAGGAAACUGCUCCUGUCAGCCGAAUGGAGGAAACUGCUCCUGUCAGCCGAAUGGAGGAAACUGCUCCUGUCAGCCGAAAGGAGGAAACUGCUCCUGUCAGCCGAGUGGAGGAAACUGCUCCUGUCAGCCGAAUGGAGGAAACUGCGUCUCUCAGCCGAGUGGAGGAAACUGCGUCUCUCAGCCGAGUGGAGGAAACUGCGUCUCUCAGCCGAAUGGAGGAAACUGCUCCUGUCAGCCAAAUGGAGGAAACUGCGUCUCUCAGCCGAGUGGAGGAAACUGCUCCUGUCAGCUGA